UCUAGCAUGGUACUGCACUUAUAGGGACCUCAGGGCAGUUCUCUGCCUAACCUAAACAAAUACAUUGAGAAACAGAGACAAGGGAGACAGACAUGGAAAGACGGAGCAUGGAAGAAAGAAUCACUCGGUGUAUGGCUGAGAAGUUAGCGAAAAAAACUUUUCUUGAAGCUCUAAAAUCAAAUGAUUACAAAACCAUGGAAGAUCUUUUGCUUGAAAGGGAAAUAGAUGUAGACACAGUGUUCGAAGUGGAAGAUGAAAACCUGAUUUUGGCAUCCUACAAACAAGGGUAUUGGCUGCCUGGUUAUAAGCUAAAAACAUCCUGGGCAACCGGACUUCAUCUAGCAGUCAUGUAUGGACAUCUGGAGAGUCUAAUGGUACUGCUAAAUCACAAAGCUACAAUCAACUGCAGGCCAAAUGGGAAAGCUGCAAUUCACGUGGCCUGUGAAGUGGCAAAUGUUGAAUGUCUCAAGAUCCUUUGCAAGCAUGGAGCUAAAAUCAAUUGCUUUUCAAUGAGUGGGCAUGCACCCUUGCACUUUUGUACUACAAAAACCUCUGUGCCUUGUGCUCAGCAGCUGAUUUGGAGAGGAGCAAAUGUGAACAUAAAAACAAACAAUCAAGAUGAAGAGACUCCCCUGCAUACAGUUGCACGCUUUGGUAUCCCUGAACUGGUGGCAUUUUAUGUGGAACAAGGAGCAAAUGUGGAUGCUAUUAAUGCACACAUGGAAACCCCUCUGGCUUAUGCUGCUUACUGGGCCCUUCAGUAUAAAGAGCAAAUAUACAGUACAGAACACCAUCUAAUCUGCAGGAUGCUCUUAGACUAUAAAGCAGAAGUAAACUCUCGAGAUGAGGAUUUCAAGUCACCACUCCACAAAGCUGCAUGGAACUGUGAUCAUGUGCUGCUGAACAUGUUGUUGGAGGCAGGAGCUGAAGCCAACAUCAUGGAUGUCAAUGGCUGUGCCCCCAUACAAUAUGUUCUGAAAGUGACACCUGUGCGACCAGCUGCCCAGCCUGAAAUUUGUUACCAGUUGUUGCUGAAUCAUGGAGCAGCUAGAAUAUAUCCUUUGCAGUUCCACAAGGUGUUGCAGGCCUGUCAUUCCCACCCAAAAGCUGUUGAAGUUGUCAUCAAUUCAUAUGAGCACAUCAAAUCAACGUCCAAGUGGAAAGCUGCUAUACCUAAUGAUGUCUUUGAGCAUUUAGGUCUGAUGGUGAUGAACCUGAAAAUGAACCCAGGUCAGCUUGUCACUACCUACUGGGGCCAUUACUGAUAAUGCUGCUUGUCUAGUGCCUAUUGUGACACCGUACUGUGAUCAGAAGGAAGAGACUACAAAGCAGCAACUCCAGAUACUUGGGGAAAUGGUAGCCUAAAACCUUGGUAAAUUCUUGCUAAUUCUCUUGACUAUCUAACCAUCACUAAAGUCUUUUCUAACCACAUAUAAAGUCUUUUCUUAAAAACCUUUGAAGUUCAUGCUUAGCACAGAAUAUUCUUUUGAUAUUGGCACCUACUCAAACACUGUGAAAGCACUGGGUUUAAGAUAUCAAACAUAAGGAGCCAAUUUUGGAGCCGAUUCACAUUGUAUAAAACAGCAUUGAGGUCAUUGUGGUGGGAGGGUCAGAGAACAAUGAAUGUACCACAAGUGAAUAAAUAUACUGCAUUAUUUCAGAACUCAUAUUUUAUUAAGAUAAGUGGUUGCCUACCGCUGCUAUUGUUUCUACUGCUGUUCCAGAAGGGACUACCAAUGCACAGCAAAUUACAUGAAGAAAAGACAGUGUCUAUGUCACCAAUUUAUCAUUCAAACAGAAACUGGACUACAAAUCUGACCACUGCUUGACCAGAGAUAUAUAGUGAACAUACUCUAUUAAGAGUAUGGUGGAAGAUAAAGGAGUGAGUAGGGAUGUUUAAAGUGCAUCUGGUUAGAUAUAGAUCAUGAUUUUUCUGUCACCAACUAUUUUGUAAGUGCUCAUUUCAGGAGAAAUCAAGGGCUGGAUUUUAUUCCAUCUGUUAUGCACUGAAGCUAUGGUCAGGCAUUGCAUUUAUAACACUCCUACAAAAAGUGAAUUGGCAUCCAUUCAAGCUGUUUGUAACACUACAAAGAUGCUCAAAGUGCCACAGAAUAUUGUCACUUUUAAUGAAAAACGUCUUCGUAGGGCUAUGUUUUGCAGGACUACAUGCUAUAUGUAAUACUACAGGGGUCUCUAGAACAUCCAGUAUCCCACAGUCCUUUGCUCCCCCCACCCCCCACAAGGGAUGGGAAGGGAGGGAGAGCAGCUGGCUUCCUGAUAACCCAUCUAGUGGCCCUGCUGGGACCUUAAUGCCACUGCUGCUUAAAUAAUCCUGGGCAGAACUGGAACUCUUCAAGUGGUUGUACCAAUUCCCUCACUCUAGAUGGUGAUGUGGAGUAGGAUUUAGUCCCUAGCAUUUAAGGAGGAAAGGGUGGAUUCAUAGGGCACUUGUGUAACAAUUAUUGACUUAUCAGAGCCUUGAUUUUCAAAUGGCUCUGUGUGGGUGAAUACUUCUAUCUGCUUGGGCCCCCAUUGACUCAUCCAUACAAUAUAAGUCAGGGGAGCAGGGAGUCUUUGACAUGAAAGUCUGUCUAGGUACAUUCAGGAAUGCGUUUUUCUCUAGCCUUUUUUUCCAUGUCAUGUUUUUCUAGUUCAGGAUACAGGUCUCAAACCUAUGACUGAGCCCAACACCUUUACCACCUAUUUAGGAUGGACAACCAAAUACUUAAGUAGGUAUUUCAGUGUGUCUUGGUCUUUAGUAUCACUUCUGUAGAGUAGGGGGAAGGGGACAUUUCACAGCAGCCUUCAACAUUUUGAAAUUUGGUUCUUCAUUACAAUGUAACUGGAACAUAUUGAAUAUUUUUGUAGGAACAGAACUGCAUUGAUUUUAGAUUGGGGAAAAUGGAGUUUGUUUGUGUGUGUGUGUGUGUGUGUAUACCUGUGCACAUAUGCAUGCAUGUGCAUGUGUAGCUAAUGAUAUGGGAGGUCCACAUCUUAGCUCUUGCUCUGAGUCAGAGCAGAAUUUUUCAGCUCUGACCACCAAAUCUUUUCACUAAAUGUUUUGGGUUAAGCAAGUUUUUUUUUUAGUCAGAAAUACUUCAACCAACUCUAAUAAUCAGUUCCCUUACUUUCCCAUGCCAGAAUUUUAUAGCUAGCCACAGAGUUUAACAGAAACUCAACUUAACUUAUCUUAGUAUGAAUUCAUGUAGAUCUCAGAAGGCAGCAACUUUGAGGCUAUCUUGGAGUGGAUGUUGGACAUACCUAAAAUACUACUCAUUAAGGACUUCUAUUCCUGUUGGAAAAUGACAGCCAUCUUAGCUUAGUUUCGGGGAAGAAGUCUGUCCUAGCUUACAGGUAGCCUCACAACCUCAAAUGAUGGUUCACAGGCAAUAGAGUACCCCAUUCCAAUUCUCAUUAAGCCACCAGGCUUUGCUACAAACCCAGAUGCCAUUUGUACGCCUCAUCAAUGCAGGUGACACCAUUACUGGGCAGUGGUUCUUUCACCUGCUUCUCCAGCAUCACCUGCUUAUAGUACCUCUCUGCUUUCUACAUUGGCUAGAUGGGACAAUCCCUAUAGAAACUACAGAAUGGAAACUGAUUCAACAUCAGUACCAGAAAUAUAAAAGCCCAUGACAGAACAUGUUAACCUUCUUGGACAUUCUUUAAACAAACAAACAAAAAAAACUUUAAAAAUACCCCAGGUGGAGCAUGAAAUUGUGGAACAAGAAAUCAUCCAUAGACUGGAUUAUAUCAACUAUGGUCUCAGCAGGGACUAUGGAUUCUUAUCUUAUUACCUGAACUAGCUGUUUACUCUGGUAUUAACUGCCUUGUUCAUCUCAGUUAAGAUAAACAACUCAAUAUUACCUCUCUUGGCAGCCUCCCCUCCCCUUAUUCCUUUCCCUUCAGUAUAAAGUCUUCUCUUUUUACUGAAGUAGGCUAUUGUUAACAAAUGUUCAAGCCUCUCUGAAUCAGUUUGUUUUUAACAAUGGAUGAAGUUACACAUAACGCUUUGGUGUGGUCUGGGUUCCACAGACCACACCAAAUCUGCGGAAUGUGAAGUGGUGUUAAAAUUAGAACGUGUUGUGAGAAGUCAUACAUUAAGGGUUAAUACUAUUUCUUGCUGGCACAGCUCUGACUCACCACUACAGCUCUGGCAAGUAGGGGCAUGGCUAGGAGCCAUCACUGUUCUGGGUGGUGGUGUAGGUGGGGAGAGUGCAUCCUGGGAUGCUGGAGGAUUACAGAUUGCUCAUUUUAUCUCCAUGGAGCAGACUGAAGUUACCCUAACAUGAGCUAGGUAGCACCAUCCAUAGUUAACCCUUGCCUAAAGCUACGUAGCUUUGAGAUGCUUGGAGCACAAGUUAAUGACAUUUCAUGUGCGGAUACUUGCAUUUUAAGCGCCUUUAGUUUGGUCUAAAUGUAACGUGUAACCUCAACCUAAAGGUGCCACCCUGCAUGCCUUCUACCUAAAAUAGUAAGAGAUCUUUGGCUCUUGUGUUGGGGAAGACAGGAAAAGCUUCUCUUUCAUUAUCACAGAGUUCAGCUCAUUUAUAUUUUAGCCACUUUUCCUGCCACUAUUAUUUCAAAUUUAGGUAAGACUUUUGACAAAGUUGGUUUCCUUCUGGAACAAACUUCUGUAAAAUGCAUACACAACACUUAGCCUUUAAGACUGGAAGAGAGAAUGAAAUAGUCCAGGGUGUUAUAUGGUUUAUGCUAUUAAAAUCUGUGGAACGCAGAGAAACCAGACAGACACUAGCUUUUCAGCACAUUUACAGAGCUCUUGAUGGUACACUGCUGCUUUUCUGAAGUGUUGUGAAGUGCAGACUGGCUGGAAACAGCUAUAUUUCCAUUUACUUUGAGAAUAUAGAAGUAGAAUCCCCUUGGACUCACCACAGUCUGCUCUUCUGUUAAAUGACAGAACGGAACAUGCUAUUAGCAGUGCUGCCAAAGCCUGGCUAGAGUCUGACACUUUAACCUCUCUAAGAAUUAUAUGAAGGCACUGGAAAGAUCUACCACAGUCUCUAUUUGUAGAGCGGCAGGGACUUCUAGUACAGGCAAUGAGUGGGUCAUAAAAGAUUGCUAUAUAAAGUAAAUGUCACACUCAACUGUCUUGCUGCUCAGAAAUGUGUUUGUGACCCCUUUACUAAGUGUAACUCAAGCUUUGUAACAUACAAAGAGGAAAGGUGAAGAUGUAUAUUAUGUAUUCUAACAAUGUUUGAUUUUAUCAUAACAGCAUAUGGCAUUUUUGAGUUGCUCUUAAUGCUGUGUGGGCACCCUAAGCAUUAUAGCUGAACUACAAUUAAAGAUUCUGAAAGAAGAUCAGGAGUGUUUUAUGGUAUUUACAUUGCUGAUAGACUUAUGUGCUGCUAUUUAAAGCAAGGACUGACCAUGGGGUUGAUAGGACCCUUGCUAAGUACUCAAAUACUGAUGUAUUAGAGCCUUGCAACAAUGUAAUUGAUAUGGCUUUGUCAAUUGCCACUGUGAAUAGCUUCACACUUUAUACUUUGGAAAAAAUGCAUUACACAUGUGGCUACUUGCCUGAAAAUACCAUGAAAUAAAACUGGGAGGGGAGGUACAGUUAUAAUUCAUUUGAACCUAAACAUCUUUAAGCUUUUCUGUACCGGUUCAAUCUGACCUUACACAAGAACUAAUUGGUGUGAGACAAAGCGGGGAAAAAGCAAAGGUAUAAAUAUUCGAUUCUUACAAUUUUAGCAGCAACAAACAAAAAUAUGAAUGUGUGGCAACAUUCUCAGAAGGAUAAUAAAGCGGUAGUAAUGUUAGCACAACAGCUUUUAUCCAUGAGUGGUAAAGCAUUUGGCAAGCCAUGAACAUUCAGGUAACGCUAUAUAUAUACACAUCACUGACAUCCAGCCACCACUGGGGUAGAGGGCAGCACCCAGGCAGACAACAGGCACAUAUCUUGCUGUAGAGCAAUGGGGGGGAAGAUGAAUAAUAGGAAUACACUAGAAAUUUUGACAUCCAUGCAGAGCACAGCUGACCUUAGCUCCUAAAAUUUUCUCUUUAAGACUCAGGCAACUAAACUAAAUUUAUCUACUAAGCUGAGUCAACCCUGCCAUAAUUCAAACCCUUUGUUUCUCAGCAUUUAAGGACUAAGUUCACCACUGAGGAAAAUGUAAUCAGUUCUAGUGUUUGACAGAAUUGAGCAUGCUACUUUUACAGUCUGAGAAGGAAGGACAUAAUAUAUUUUACAUUUAUUUUUGUUUCCUAAUACACCAAUGGUGGUGAACCAGUAGAGUGUUGAGAGUGCUGUCGACCAGAGACAGAUGGAUAGAAGUGGAGUACUGUGUAUACUAGUACCUCAUUCAAGGCUUUUGUAGUGUUAGUGGUCUAGAAAUUUCCUUCAUUAUUUUUCUCUAGAUUUGAUUAGAAAUUCAUUUAGGAAUUUAAUAAAUCUAUUUUUAUUGUUGUCCAAUAGGUUAUUUAACAGAAUAAUUUGAUUGAUUAACAUAUCCAUAAUAUUACAUGUUUUCUGUAAAAUACACUGGAUUAAGGGUCAUAUUUUAUGCAUGAGAACUACAAAUCACUGAACUUAAUUAAUGAGGUUUAUUAUAUCAUUACUUUGAUGUAAAUAUGAAAUAAAAUAAUUGAUGUGUUUAUAGUGUAUACAGUGUAAAAAUGAUUAACUAAUGUAACUAAGAACAGCAUUUCUCACAUUCAUAUCACUAAGUGUUGCAAAUACAUCAGAGGACGAAUCUAGUUCUAGGUUUGCAAGAAAGAUAACUUAGAAAGAUAGCCAGUCAGCAAAUAAUUCUAGUACCUAGAGUAUUUACCCACCAAGAAAGCUUAUAAUACAUAGGCAUUUUGUACCAAAAACAUCACUGGAUAAAAUGCAUGAACAGUUCAGGGAACUAGGAUCAGAGCUGAGGACAUCCUCUCCCAAGUAAAUGCCCUCAUUAGUGAAGUGCAGGGGCAUACUUCCUCUUGUGCUCUCCUGCCAGCCUCUUGACAUUUGCAGUCUUUCAUGGAAAAGUGCUGUAACCAAUAGGCUAUUACAUAAAAAAAGAGGCUAGUGAUGGUCUUACCACCCACUCUGCUUUUAAAACAAAGUAGCUCCAGUGGCUUCGCUUUGUGUACUCGAUGCUGUUCAUAGAUUCAUAGAUUGUAAGGCUGGAAGGGACCUUGGAAGAUCAUUGGGUCCAGCCCCCCGCACC